AUGCUCAUCAAGGAGUACCGCAUCCCCAUGCCCAUGAGUGUGGAGGAGUACCGCAUCGCUCAGCUCUACAUGAUCCAGAAGAAGAGCCGUGAGGAGAGCUGCGGUGAGGGCAGCGGGGUGGAGAUCAUGGAGAACAAGCCUUACACAGACGGACCCGGGGGCGCGGGCCAGUACACGCACAAGGUCUACCACAUCGGCAUGCACAUCCCCAGCUGGUUCCGCUCCAUCCUGCCCAAAGCAGCGCUGCGGGUGGAGGAGGAAUCCUGGAACGCCUACCCCUACACGCGCACCAGAUACACCUGCCCAUUUGUGGAGAAGUUUUCCAUUGACAUUGAGACGUACUACAAACCGGACACAGGGAACCAGGUCGACGUGUUUAACAUGUCUGCAGUGGAUAAAAGGCAGCGGACUAUCGAUCCCAUUGACAUAGUAACAGACCCCAUCGCUGCUCAUGAGUACAAAGUGGAGGAGGACCCACGGCUCUACAAAUCUGCCAAGACCCAGAGAGGCCCGCUACAGGACGACUGGAUCGAGGAGUGCAACAAUAACCCUGGGAGUACCCCCGUCAUGUGUGCCUACAAACUGUGUAAGGUGGAGUUCAGAUACUGGGGAAUGCAGUCCAAGAUUGAGCGUUUCAUCCAUGACGUUGGCCUCCGUAAGGUGAUGGUGCGCGCCCACCGGCAGGCCUGGUGCUGGCAGGACGAGUGGUAUGGUCUGACCAUGGAGGACAUCCGGCAGCUGGAGCUGGAGACGCAGCUGGCUUUGGCCUCGAGGAUGGCUCAGUUCUGUCAGGCAGAGGAGGCCACUGAGGCUAACGGAGGAGCAGCCUCUCCAGACAAGGAGCAAGAGGCCAAGGAGGCAAUCAGCAGCAUCGAGGCUGAGGAGGUGGUUGUCAACGCUGGGGACACACUGCAGCCCAGAGGGGUCCUGACCAAGCAGUGGUCCACCUCUUCCAGGUCGUCCCGCUCCUCCAAGAGGGGAGUGAGCCCUUCCCGCCACAGUCUAUCCGAGUGGCGCAUGCAGAGUAUCGCCCGGGACUCCGAGGACAGCUCCGACGAGGAGUUCUUCGACGCACACGAGGACCUGUCUGACGGAGAGGAGGUCUUCCCAAAGGAGAUCACAAAGUGGAACUCCAACGACCUGAUGGACAAGAUGGAGGCUGUGGACACGGACGAUGCUCCUGGUGAACUGUUCCAGGAGAUGUCUGUGGACUACGAGAACACCAUCAGUGAAGAGAGGGUGGCUGAGAUGCGUGCCUCUCUUAUUGGCCAAGCCGAUAGCUCCCCCAUCCCCACCAUCACGGUAACAGAGAGUGCGUCGCAGCAGAGCCUCCAGCCCUCAAAGAUCCACGUGUUGAUCCUGGUGCUUCACGGAGGCAACAUCCUGGACACGGGAGGCGGUGAGCAGAGCGGCAAACAGGCCGACAUCAACACCAUCACCACUGCCUUCGACGCCGUCAUGAGGGUGCACUACCCUGCUGCCCUGGGACGCAUCGCCCUCCGCCUGGUGCCCUGCCCCCCCAUCUGCGCCGAGGCCUUCAGUCUGGUCUCCAACCUGAGCCCCUACAGCUACGACGAGGGCUGUCUGUCCAGCAGCCAGGACCAUAUCCCCCUGGCCGCUCUGCCCUUGCUGGCCACCUCCUCCCCGACGUAUCAGGAUGCCGUGGUCACAGUCAUCGCCCGGGCCAACCAGGCCUACGCAGACUUCCUCAAGUCCCUGGAGGGAGCCACCUUCUCAGGGCAGGUUUGUCUGAUUGGGGACUGUGUUGGUGGAAUCCUGGGCUUCGACGCUCUCUGCAGCAGUAACCACGCAGUGAACGAGAGCCAGAACAGCAGCCGCAGAGGCAGUGUGGUCAGCGUACAGGACCAAGACCUGUUGUCUCCAGGCAUCAUCGUGAACUGUGGAUCCUCCUCGCCCACACUAGAGGGCAGCAGACACCUGAGCCGCAGUAACAUUGACAUCCCCCGCAACAGCGCCGGGGAGGAGAAGAAGCCCCUGUGCCGCAAGAGGAGCGACUCGUCCACGUACGAGCUGGACACCAUCAAGCAGCACCACGCCUUCCUCUCCAGCCUCCACUCCAGCGUUCUACGCUCGGACGCCGUGUCACGCCGCUCGAGCAGUAGCACCAUGCUGGAUGGCACCUCUCUGGGGAAGUUUGACUUCGAGGUCACAGAUUUCUUCCUGUUCGGCUCUCCUCUGGGGCUAGUGCUGGCCCUACGCAAAACAGUCAUUCCAAUGCUGGACGUGGCCCAGCUGCGGCCCGCCUGUCAGCAGGUCUAUAACCUGUUCCACCCGGCCGACCCGUCCGCCUCUCGUCUGGAGCCUCUGCUGGAGAAGAAGUUCCACCUCCUGCCUCCCUUCAACGUGCCCCGAUAUCAGCGCUUCCCCCUGGGAGACGGAAACUCCGCUCUGCUGGUGGAGACAGUGCAGAGCCACGCGCCCCUCCUGCUGGACAGUGGACCGCCGCUGUCCCUGCGCUGUCCGGAGACCAUCAGUGAGACGUGCAUCCCUGUGCCCGUGCUCAGCUGGCAGGAUGGCCUCCUCAAAGCCAUGCCCACCACCCCAGAGUCAGACGUUGUUCAGUCUCAUGGUGGUGUCUUCAUGGACAGUUCGUACCCCUCGUCCCCCAUCACGGGCCCCCUGUCCCGGGGCCAGCGGAGGGCCAGUGAGGUCAGCAUUGCCAGCCAGGUCUCAGGAAUGGCAGACAGUUACACUGCCACCAACAUAGCCAACACUGCUGAAGCCAUAAUCCCCAAGUCCAAAAGCUCCAGUCUGUUGUCCCAGCUCGCCCUGACCUCCCAAAUGUCAUUCCGCCUAAAAGCCCCUCCAAAGUCCCGUAAGAAAGCCCCAGAUCCAGCCCCCAUAAAACCUGAACCGGAGCUGGAGGCUGAGGAGGAGCAGAGCCUGGAGGGGGAGUGUGAGGGGGAGAGCUGCCUGUCCGCAGGGCUGGACUGUGCCAUAUCAGACCUGGUGUCUCUGGACUCUCAGGCUGAAGUGGACCAAGUUGCAGCUCGAUGGUGGGGCACAAAGCGUCUGGACUUUGCGCUGUACUGCCCGGACGCACUGACGGCCUUCCCCACGGUGGCUCUGCCUCAUCUGUUCCAUGCCUCGUACUGGGAAUCCACCGAUGUCGUGUCCUUCCUCCUCAGACAGGUGAUGCGACAUGAGAACUCCAGUAUCCUGGAGCUGGACGGUAAGGAAGUGUCUGAAUUCACUCCGUCCAAACCGCGGGAAAAGUGGCUCCGGAAGAGAACCCACGUCAAGAUAAGGAACGUGACGGCGAACCACCGCAUGAACGACGCCGUGUUCCCAGAGGACGGGCCCCAGGUGCUGAGCGGCCGCUUCAUGUACGGGCCCCUGGACAUGGUCACGCUGGCCGGAGAGAAGGUGGACCUCCACAUCAUGGCGCAGCCCCCUUCUGGAGAGUGGUUGUACUUCAGCACUGAGGUCACCAACAGCAGCGGCAGAGUCUCCUUCACCCUCCCUGAAGACAAGCGGCUGGGGAUCGGAGUCUACCCGGUCAAAAUGGUCGUGAGAGGGGACCACACGUCCGCUGACAGCUACCUGACGGUAGUUCCUCGUGGCACAGAGUUCGUGGUCUUCAGCAUCGACGGCUCGUUUGCGGCCAGUGUCUCCAUCAUGGGCUCGGACCCCAAAGUGCGCGCGGGGGCCGUGGACGUGGUCAGGCACUGGCAGGACCUGGGCUACAUGAUCAUCUACGUGACUGGUCGCCCCGACAUGCAGAAGCAGCGGGUGGUGGCCUGGCUCUCGCAGCACAACUUCCCCCACGGCAUCGUGUCCUUCUGCGACGGCCUGGUGCACGACCCACUGCGGCACAAGGCCAACUUCCUCAAAACUCUGACUGAGACUCGCAUGAAGAUUUUUGCCGGUUACGGUUCAACCAAAGACAUUUCAGUCUACAGCUCCAUUGGCCUGCUCCCCUCCAACAUCUACAUAGUGGGCCGACCCACCAAGAAGAUGCAGCAGCAGUGCCAGUUCAUCACAGAGGGAUACGCCGCUCACCUGUCGCAGCUGGAGUUCUCUCACCGCUCGCGCCCGCCCAAGUCCAGCAGCACGCGCCUGGUCCUGAGGAAGAGCAGCUUUGGCCUCAGCACCAACAGCGACUUUCUGAGGAAGAGGAACCACCUGUUGCGGACCAUCUCCUCGCAGCCCCCACCCACCUCCCCCACAGCCCCCGUGCACAGCCACACCCGCCCCGAGCGCACGCAGAGCCAGUCGGACAGCGAACGAGCCGCACACCACAGCCACCAGGGGGCGACGCAGCGCAGCAUGAGCAUCACCGCUAACUGCUGGGGCCGCAGCGCUAGCACCAGAGUGGAGCCCGCGCUGUUCAGCCCCAAGUGA